UCACGAUAUUGUUGCGCAAUCUACACAUGUGGUGUGAAAGUUCCCUCGUAACCUUACUCAUGAGAUGCCCCUCCCCCUGCAACCACUGGAGCCUCUGCUUGGGAGAGUCACGUCACCUAAUCUCUUUCUCUCCAAACUUAUCCCUCAAACCUAUUCGGGAGGGUUAGUGAGACUUCAAUCUAUUCUGACCACUUUUAGGCCGUCUGCAGCGUCUCCGUCGCAUCUUUUCCAGUAAGGUUAAGCCCUCGUUUCUGACCACACUCAUAACCCGGAGUUUGCCGUGGAUGUUGACCUAACAUGUUGCAUUCAGUCGCUAGUGUCCGUUGAGAUGCCAUCUCCAGCUAUUGCACCCAUAUUCAAAAAAGCCUACUGGACUCUGCUACUCGGGACUUUAUUCUACAUACUUGCUCUCAUAUCCUUCACAAAUCCCUGGUUGCAAAGACAGUAAAUCCCCAGCGUCAAAGUUUCAUCAUGAUGACAAGAGGCUAACUCGGAAUAGCAUCUUGUACUGCCACAAGUUCCACACAGCAUGGUGGCAGGAUAUUAGCAAACCGGAACAAUGGGGAUUUGCUAGUACGUCUCUCACCACCUUUCUUUUUUAUGGGUCCACAUUCUGACAAGAGGAAGAAAACCAAAUCACCCCAUUCAAUUUCACGACGCCGGAUAAUGAGGUGUUGUAUGCGUGGCAUGUUAUGCCCUUAGGGUUAUAUGCUAAGCAUGAGGCUGCUAUAUUGAAUCAACCAUCCGGAGAAGAGAUCACCCGCACGAAAGCGUUCCAGCUUUUACGUGAUGAUCCGGAUUCCAGGCUGAUUGUAAACUGUAUGUUAUUUUCACUAUUAUUUCUUUCUCUUGUUCACCUGUUCAUCUGCUUAUAUAUCUUAGUCCACGGGGUAUUUACAUCUCCUUCUUUCCGAAUGUGUAUAUCAACACAUCACUAACCACCUCGAAAGAACGCCGGCACCGUAGCCCAAGGCUGGCGAACCGACAGCUACCGUUCUCUAUCCGAUGGAAGCACAUCCAAGAUUCACAUCCUCGGCCUGGACUACCGCGGCUUCGGUCACUCCACAGGGACACCCACCGAAUCAGGCCUCAUAAUCGACGGCAUCGCAGCCGUAGACUGGGCCUUGAACAUCGCCAAAGUCCCAUCCGAUAGAAUCGUCAUUCUAGGUCAUAGUCUAGGCACAGCAGUAAGUACCGCCGUCGCAGAACACUACGCACUGAAAUCCAUCGAGUUCGCGGGCGUGGUCUUGAUCUCUGGAUUUACGUCUAUCCCCGAACUGCUUCCUGAUUAUGCUAUCGCUGGACUCCUUCCUGUCUUAUCGCCAUUGAAGAGAUCUCCAGCUUUGCUCAAAAUAUUCAACAAUUUUGUCGUUGAUACCUGGCCCACUGCCACACGUCUCGCAAACUUUGUGCGUGUGAGUAAGAAAUUACGGCUUUUCAUCUUGCACGCGAAGGAUGACUAUGAUAUCCCAUGGUUCCACUCUGAUGGCUUAUUCGCUGCUGCUGCUAAUGCUACGACGGACGGUGGAAUGGAAAUCUCACUACUGAAGAGUAUGAAGAAGAGGAAUACGAUUGAGAUGGGGGAUGGAGCUUCUAUCGGUACCUGGAAAGAUGGGGAGGAUAAGAUUAUACGAGAGGAAAUUGUGGCGUAUGGUGGUGAGUACUUUACUUCCUAUCUGCCCUACUCUUUUGUGUUGUUGAUGGAGAUUAAUGGUUUUGUAGAACAUAAUCGGGUUUUGACGUAUGCGACCGUUUCUCUAGCUGCGUUGAAGGCGUUUGGACUUGAUGAAGGUGGCGUUUUGCCGGUGUAG